AUGCCAUCUAUUCGGCCAAAGAAGAAACUCAAGGCACUUCAUUGGGAUAAGGUCGAUACUCCGCAGGUGACCGUGUGGGCAUCUCAUGCUCCUACUGCCCAAGCAAAGGAGGAGAAGUAUGUGGAAUUGGCGAAGAAGGGAGUCUUGGAUGAAGUCGAGAGACUAUUCAUGGCAAAAGAAACCAAGAUCUUCGGCAAGGGCGCGGGAGGCAAGCAGCGUACGGAUAAGAAACAACUCAUCUCCAACGAGCUGUCCAAGACUUUCCAGAUUGCUAUGGCCAAAUUCUCUCAAUUCCCUGCUGACGAUGUUGUACGAAUGAUUAUUCAUUGCGACACGGAAAUUCUCGACAACAUGGUUGUCAUGGAUUUCCUACAGAGGGAUGAGAUGUGCACCAUACCCGAGAAUAUCUCAAAGUCUAUGGCGCCAUACAGCAGAGAUUGGACCGGUCCAGAUGCCGCCAGCGCCGAGCGGGAGCAGGAUCCCACUGAGCUCACGCGCGAAGACCAGAUCUACCUUUAUACCGCGUUCGAACUGCACCAUUAUUGGAAGGCAAGAAUGCGUGCUCUUGCGUUGACACGCUCGUAUGAGCCAGACUACGAGCAUAUCUCCGCCAAACUGCAGCAAGUCGUGCAGGUCAGCGAGUCUCUGAGAGACUCCGUGGCCCUGAUGAAUGUUCUUGGCUUGAUCUUGGACAUUGGUAAUUUCAUGAACGAUGCCAAUAAGCAAGCUCAAGGUUUCAAACUGAGUUCCCUCGCCCGCCUCGGUAUGGUGAAGGAUGACAAGAACGAGACUACUUUUGCAGACCUGGUGGAGCGAAUUGUUCGAAACCAGUAUCCCGAGUGGGAGGGCUUUGUGGAUGAGAUUAACGGCGUUAUCGCCAUUCAGAAGCUCAACGUCGACCAACUGCGCACGGAUGCUAAGAAGUACAUAGAUAACAUCAAGAACGUCCAAGCCAGCUUGGACGCUGGCAAUCUUAGUGAUCCGAAGAAAUUCCAUCCUCAGGAUCGGGUCAGUCAGAUCGUUCAAAGAAGCAUGAAGGAUGCUCGUCGCAAGGCCGAGCAGAUGCAGCUUUACCUGGAUGAGAUGGCCAAGAGCUAUGAUGAUAUCAUGGUGUUCUACGGAGAGGACAACACGGAUGAAGGCGCUAGGCGGGAUUUCUUCGCCAAGUUGGCUACAUUCUUGCUGGAGUGGAGGAAAUCCAAGGAGAAGAAUAUCAGCCUGGAGGAGAAUCGGAAACGCAUCGAGGCAUCUCUGUCUCGCAAGCGGGUCAAUGCAGGCCUGGCGAACGGCGCCGGUACAGCUACAGAAGGGCCACAGUCACCCGCCAGCAGCGGUGCUAUGGAUUCACUUCUGGAGAAGCUACGUGCGGCGGCUCCUCAGGCGAGGGAUCAACGCGAUCGUCGGCGUCGCGCCCGCUUGAAGGAGAGACAUCAAGUCCGCGUGGCUUCGGGACAGCAAAUGCCAGAUGCCGCUGGGUCUGAAGGCGCAGAAGCCGGACAAACUGAAGAGACUGGCAGCAAUGACACGAGCAAUGCGGGUGCAAUCGAUGCCGACUCGGCCAACACGGGCCUUUUGAGUCCUCCGGUUCUGGAGUCCGAAGCUCCUGAGAAAUCGAGCCAAGACGCUCAGCAUGUGUUAGAAAGUGAUGAUGUUGCGGACCGGGCUGCAAGCAUGCUGCAGGGUCUUCGGGACAAUGUUGACGGCGAGCGUCAAAGAAGAAGACGUGAGACAGCCGAGGAAGAGCGGCGUAAACGCAGGCUGCGGAGACGCAACGGUGCUGCUAGUACCAGCAAAGACAGCGCCGAUGGCUCUGUGGUAGCCUCUGCGUCCGAACCACUUUCCCCUCCCCGGACGGAUCCGAUUGAGCCGGAUGAUGUGAGUGUCGCCAGUCCUCGAGACGGAGAUGACACAGCUCCUCGAACACCCUUGACGCCAUCUAUCGUGGUAUCGCCAACCGUCGACCAGAAACUUCAGUUACCUGGCGAUGACGAGCCGAGUGAAGGCUCUCCCUAA